UGGAUGCAGUACCUUUUGUUCUUUUCUGCGCUUGAAACAUUGGUUUGUCGGCCUUUGACUUUUUGCAUCAAUUCUUAAUUAUUAUCCUUUAAGCCCUUGAGAUAGAGCGGCGUGCAUGUUCAAGCAAAGUAGCAUUGAGGCCUUUGCCCUUGUGACAAUUUUCAGAGCCCAAGGAUAGGUAAAUACUUUUAGCUUCAGUUACCUGUACAUGCGCCAGCAACAACAUAUUUCGGUGCUCGAAAUGUCAAAUCCUUGCUGUACAGACAGGGGCCUUGGUGGGCUUUGAUGGUGCUCUGGUGGGGUUGGUUGACCCCGCGAAUGACGCUCCUACCAGCAUUUCCUGGUGGUCGCUGCUAGUUGCAACUAGGAAUUGUUUCCUUUCUUCUCAUUAUCAGCCGGGGAGGGUAUUUUCACACAAUGGACAAAAUUCUAAGUAGGGCUACUGGUAACUCGUUGCGAGUAUGUCAGAGCCAUCUGCGGCAUCUCCAGCUGGGAAGCCACUGCCGCGGGGGUAGAAGAUGGGCGGGCAGUGCCUCGGUUGAUUCGUCGUUGCCUCUGGAUGGCUACCGAGUCCUUGACAUGACCCGAGUUCUUGCUGGGCCUUACUGCACUCAGAUACUCGGUGAUCUUGGUGCCGAGGUCAUCAAGAUAGAACAUCCGAUCCGGGGUGAUGACACCAGGGCCUGGGGCCCUCCGUAUGCCCAAUACAAGCCAGGCUCGGACCACACUGGCCCUGGGGAGUCAGCCUACUUUCUUGGGGUGAAUCGGAACAAGAAAUCUCUAGCCCUCUCCUUUCAGGACCCAGCCGGAGUUGAGAUAUUGCACCAGCUCGCAGCAAACAGCGAUAUUUUCGUGGAGAACUAUAUCCCGGGAUCCUUGAAGAAGUAUGGCCUGGACUUCGAGACGCUCCACAAGAUCAACCCUCGCCUCAUCUACGCCUCGAUCACCGGCUAUGGCCAGACUGGCCCCUACUCGCAGCGUGCCGGCUACGACGUCAUGGUCGAGGCUGAGUUUGGGCUGAUGCAUAUCACUGGGAGCCGGGAUGGACCUCCUGUCAAGGUUGGAGUCGCCGUGACAGAUCUUACGACAGGCCUCUACACCAGCAACAGCAUCAUGGCUGCACUCCUGGCAAGGGCGAAGACGGGCAGGGGUCAACACAUUGACGCCUCGUUGAGCGACUGCCAGACUGCGACGCUGGCUAACAUAGCCAGCAGCUGUCUGAUCAGCGGAGAGAAGGACACCGGGCGGUGGGGCACGGCACAUCCCUCAAUCGUCCCAUACAAGUCAUUUGAGACCAAGGACGGCGACAUCCUGCUAGGGGGCGGCAAUGAUCGCCUCUUCGGCAUACUCUGUGAUGGCUUGGGCCGUCCGGAGUGGAAGGAGAACCCAAAGUUCAAGAUCAACGCCCAGCGUGUGGCGAACCGGGACAAGCUGGAGGCCGAGAUCGAAAAAGUCACAAAAACCAAGACGACACAGGAGUGGCUGGACGUGUUCGAGGGGAGAGGCAUGCCAUAUGCGGCGGUCAACGACGUACUGGCGACACUCACCCAUGAGCACACAAAGGCAAGAAACAUGGUAGUAGAAGUCGAACAUGACCAGUGCGGGCCUAUGAAGCUGGUCAAUUCUCCAGUAAAAUACUCGGAGGCAAAGCCGCGGGUGCGCAGUCCUCCUCCCACCUUGGGUCAGCAUACAGAUGAGGUGUUACGGGAGCAUCUUGGAAUGGAUGAGGGUCGCAUACGGGAACUCAAGGAUAGAGGGGUGGUAAGAUAGGUAGCUGGGCAGCACAUAGCCGACCAGAAUCGAGGUAGGCAGGAUGGAACCUAGAUCAAAUAGAAGAACCUACGCAAGAUACCUAUCUAGGGAGUUGGGUAGGAAGGUAGAUGAUCAAAAUUCUUUGAUAAUGGGAAAAACACGUGACAAGCACGUGAUUGUCAGUGGC